CACUUUUGAGCGGGUGCCCGGUUUUGUGUUUUGACGGGCCAUUGAAAGAACAUGCCUGAAAGGAUUUUGUUGACAGAAAAUGUGUCGAGAUUUAUAUACCUUUGAGAUUUUAACAAUUCGCAGUUUAUUGUUAGAGUAGAAGAAUAUAAAUUGAAAGCCAGUUCAAUCUAAAACCCGUAGCAUCGAUUGCUUUCGACUCUGCAAUAUCCUGCAAUUCAAAAGCUAAAACGUGACUGUUUUAUCAACGACAACAUGUCUGGGAGCAAACCGUGUGCUAUGGAUACUUACGUUGAAGAUUUCCCGGAGAAUGUCAACGUUGCUGACCUUUGCGAUUGUGGUCGCCACAAGAGGAUGGGACAACUCACAAAAACGACCCGACGCCGGGACAAGUUUCCAAUGUCGGACUACCAAGCAACGUUCCAGGCAGUGCAACAUCCCCGACCCCGCUCUUCCAAGCGCCCCCCUCCUAGCCCCCCACCGGAAAAUGUCGGCAAGCCUAUGUUCUUUGAGACGAACCAGCGAUUCGAGUUCAGACGUCCGACCAAUGUUGAGAGGGUGAAGCCUAUUGUUCAGGAGGACAAGUAUGAGCGUCUCGACAUCCCGCUGGACGCUACGACGUCAUACCAGAAGGACUUCAUUCCCAAACAAGCGGAACCGGAAAUACGGAUCUACCCGAAGAGAGACAAGUUGAAAAUGUCGUCUGCUAAGUUUGAGAGUUCAACUACCAACCAACAACACUACAAGCACUGGGUGCCCCAGCCAAGUGUGCCUUUCGGGGAGCUGCCCAGCUUUGCCGGAUCUAUCUUGUUCCCCGAGAAGGAUCACCUGCCCGAGAGUACAACCAGGAACUCUUUCGUGGGGAGGUUUGCCCCUGCCGCCGAGCAGAUCAAACCUGGCAUCACCAACAUCAAGAUUGAAGGCGACAUGUCAUUCGACACAACUCACAACAGGACAUUUCAGAACAUAACCGGAGAUCACCGAGUCAAGCCGAUCACAAACAAGCCCGACCUACCGCUUCAUCGCAGGGAGCGGUUUAACGGGGAGUCGCAGUCUAAACGGGACUUCCCCGGCUACAUGUCUGGGCAACCGCUUCCGCCGAAACCAGCCGAGCCGGCUCCCGCUACCAUCGACCUGCGAUUUGAUAACAGCAGGAGGAAUUUUCAGACAGAGCAAAGGUCAACGUUCAAAGGCCACGACGUGGUCCAGCAUCCAGCUCCCAUCACCUGCAAGAAGGACGAUGAAACAUACGUCCCCUCCGCCAUGAAGUUCGAGGCGGAGAGUUCGCAGAGGAGGGAUUUCCGACCAAUUGACGUAUCUCAAAACAUGGCACCCAAAGCAGUGGCCCCAGUAACCAAGCUCCACACAUCGCCAGAUAUCAAGUUUGACGGUAGAACCAGUAACAAGGAGUUCUUCAGAGACUGGGGCGUGGCACCCAGAGUCAGAUACGGCGACUUCCACGAGAACCGACCCUACAUCGCCCCUGUUGUCAGAUUUGAGGGGGAAAGUGUCACCAAAUCCACAUACGUCCCCAAAUACGCCGACCCUGUUCAGAGCUUCAAACCGGAUGGAGUAGCCAAGGCCACGCAGCCGCAGACGAAGCAUUCAAUGGACUAUUCCACCGCCUACAGUGAGACAUUCCAGCCGAAGAGGAUGCCGUUAUGCAAGGCGCAGGCAUAUCUUCUACAACAGGAACUCAAGAGACGAAACGUGGCAGUUGAAAAUCAUGAAGCGGCGAAUUCGUUAGUGUUUGCAAAGUAACUUGUCACGAAAUUGAGAUUAUUUUUGUAUAUUAUGUUUCGAGACUUCGCUAAUCCAAUUAAACCUAAUCCCGAUAUGGCUUAUCGUGACGUUUUUAAUCCGAUAACCUCUUCAUCAAUACGUGUCGGAGAUUAAUUAAUUGAUACUAGUAAAUAAAUUGUGUGACAGCAUGCGCGUAGAAACACGCCAAUACGAUUAAGAUUUAUAACCGGAUACAGGUUUGGCGAGUUUGUUUAUUGACGUUUUUGUGUCGUUUUACUUUGAGAUUAUUACACAAUGUCAGAGCAUAUCUGUGAUUUUAGUCAUGUGUGGCUUCCAUCUCGGCUUGAAAACAAUACUGAUUCAGAAUGACGUCACUGCUAGUAUCAUAUUAUCUUGGGUUCGAAUCCAAGGUUUGCGCUGAUCAAACACGUGCUCAUGGGUUACAAAAAACCCGUCAAAAUUCACAUGACUUCCGGCUUUCCUCCCACAUCAAACUGAAAUGCUGUGAUAUAACUGAAACACUGUUAAAUGCGGCGUUAACCAAAGUUGGGUUUAACGCCGCUUUGAACAGUAUUGCAGUUAUAUCACGGCGUGUCAGCUUGAUUUCGGAGUAAAGCACGAAGUGUUGCAGGUGUCAGACGUUUACUACUUUGGUGAAACCCACGAGCACGGGGAUGGUGCUGAUUAACCUAGAACAUAAUUGGGGCGACGCUCCCUCAAGACGUUAUCCUGUCCUAAGGACCGGCUACACAAAGCGACCUCAACGCUAGGACCGCCUUAGCGCUCAGGCGAUCGUAACUCCCAUAUUUCAACAUUCUUACGACAGCCGUAGCGCUCAUCGCUUUGUGGUUUAAAGUAUUAUUCAGAUUUCCAAUACAGGUUACAAAAUAUUCACUCAGCAGUGACUGGGUACCCGGUAGAAUGAGAUGGUAAUGUGAGUGUUAGCUUUGUAACGCCUCACAUGCAGCUCCGGUUGUAUACAUCCCCGGGAGCUGAGAAUGAAACAUCGAGUGAGCACGGAUCCAUUGGCCGGACUAUUAUUUUCUUACUGCCAUGGGACGUUGCUUAACGUAUGUAAUUUUUCAGGGUAAAGCCUCCGAAUUUGCGUCGGUGAUUAUAUCUAUGAGGACAGGGUUGAGAAUACUUGCCAGUUUCUCUGUUUCGAAUGCCAAAGCAUGCUCAAGCUGAUUUUUGCCUUGUUACUUCUACUGAUCAAAUCUGUGAUAAUUUUUGUGAUUUAAUUUGCAUUGAUAUAUUCCUGUGUGAGAUUAUGUUGACGUAACCUUUUAUUUCGUUCGCUCAUAUAUCGAUUCUUAACUUUGUGAUAUACAGAACACGAGUGACGGUAUAUUAGUCGGACAUAAGUAUUUUCUACCACGUGAAGCACACGUGAUUAAACAACGACCUCUUACUGGCCCAAAGUCUCAAUUUAGAUGUGUUUAAAUAGACACAAUCGCCCGCUUUGUCGUUGUAUAUAUUUAACUUUAUAAUUACAUUUUCAUAUCAUUGACAUUUGUGGUCUGUAUUCGCCUGACAGUUUGUUAUUUUUAUUGUGUAAGCAUAUCUACGAUUUUUUUUUCGUUUUAGCCGUCCACGUCUCAUUUAUAAAACCGUCAUAAACCGUAAUUGAAUUCUCAUUUUGAAUGUGCAUUUAAAAGUCAUCACAUCACGAGCAAUACUCACUUACCAUCAAACUUAUGGUAGUGACGCGUUUGAGAAACGUGGGCACGAAAGCAUGCCACGUGCGAUCUCAAUAACUGCACAUACAGUCUUCAUUUGCACGCAGGGCACGUGCGCAGUAUACACACGUGAUAACCACUUGCACGCUACUGUUUCGCUCACAGCAGCACUCAAACGGUGACUGUUUCUUUGUCCAAGGCUUCAGUCGCGGUCGUAUUCAUUUGUUCAACCCACGAGUGAGUGAGUGUGGUUUUACGCCGCUUUUAGCAAUAUUCCACCAAUAUCACGGCGGGGGACACCAGAAAUGGGCUUAACACAUUGUACACAUGUCGGGAUUCGAACCUGGGUUUUAGGCGUGACGAGCGAACACUUUAACCGCCCUCAACCCACGAAACUCACUCAAGCAUACCGUAAAAUCGAACACGUACACCUGUUAUGCCAAUGUAUUUCCAUAAACCCUGGAAUAUACCACUCAACAUUUGUUAGGGAUAUUUAUACUAUUUGAUUAUCUCUAUAAAAAAUGGAGCAGUAUGCUUUGAAAAUAUCCCCCAUUCAUGUUCAUUGUGGUCACAACUCUCCUCAUCCCAUCUGUGUGUAGCGGUAAGUUCCAGUAAGGGGGCACGGGUGGCCCAGUCGUCUAAGAGCCGCGAUUCGCUGUGCAGAGUUGCGUCCCUUGGGCACGCCAGAAACCUAUGAUUGUGGGUUCGAAUCUUGGUUCGCCCCGAUUAUGUUUCUAGAUUUGUCAGCACCAUAAACGUGCUCUUGGGUUUCACCGAAGUGAUGACAACAUGGGUUGUGACAUAUUUUCGAUACUGAGUUCGGAGUUGUUGUUUCCAAAUGGUAAACAAAUUGUCACGAAAAGCAGCCCCUCUCCUAAAGUUGUAGUUUUUCAAUUUCGUUUUCGACAAGUUUUUAUUAAUUUGUGUAUUUUAGACUUCACGUGAACCACUCUUAUUCCUUUUUAGUCCAUUCAUAACAGACACUUUCGAAUGUUAAACGCAGACUCGCUGAAUUGAUUGAUGCAUGUCAUCGUAUCCCAAUUGCGUUGAUCGAUGCUCAUGAUAUUAGUCACUGGAUUAUCUGGUCCAGACUAGAUUUUUUACAGACUGGAAUAUUGCUGAGUAUGACGUUAAACAACAAACAACAAUGUUAAACGAAACAGCUUUACAACGUCAUCGCAAGUGUGAAUAACAUGUUGAUAUGAAUAAACGUCUGUCGUGUUUAUUAAACUCAGUUUAUAAUAGGGAUGGCACUUUUCAUAUGCUUUCCAGUUUCAAGUCGCAUGUGUUUUCAAUCAUGUUGUUGUGUUCUUCAUCUGUAAUGGUUAUGUGUGGUGCUCGUAUAUUUUUAAAUUUGUAAUACAACCAGGUCAGUAUUUCGUUGCCACUGAACAUUUUUAUAAGUUAUUCUGAAAAGACUUAUCCACGUUUAAAAAAUAUAAAGGUAACACUAUAUACAUUUAGUACUCCAAAUCAAUAUUUUAUUUCUGUUUGCUAGUAUCACAUUAUUAAUAACUCAGAAAUGCUUUUCAAUUUUUUGCAUGCAAAAGUAUUUGCUAUAUAUCAUUUUGUUAUCAUUUUUGUGUUUUGCUGUGUCUUCGCCAUUUUGUACCAAUCUUUUUUUACAAAAUAAAUAUAUAUGACGUAAUGUGUGCAAAUCGCACUGUCUCAGAAGUGAUUAUUGUACAAACUGUUUUUCAAACGUUGUUGUUAUUUUGUUUGAAAUAAAGGUGUUUGGGUUUAA